AUGGCACCAUCUCCACCCAAGCGCCCUCGUAGAAAGUGCCGGGCGCCCAAAGGGAACUUGCCGGGGCGUCUCAGGAAGAGCAGAGAGCCCACAGCCGCCUCGGUACCUUCAGAGAGCAGAGGCGGCGGCGGCGGCGGGCGGCAGCGGCAGCGGCGGCGACAAGUCACUGGGGCACGCGGCCGUCGCCCCCGGCCCAGGGGAAAUGCAGACGGCCCCCCAGGGAGCUCCAGCCCGUGCCCCCCCGCCCUGGCACGCUCUGCUGGGAAAGGCCAGGCCGCCGGGGCCAGCGCCCGGGAUCCAGGCUUGGAGGGUGCGGCAGCACCCUCCGGGGCCCCUAACACCAGGCGGCCUUCCUCCGUGCGUCGGGCCAGCAGGAAGAGGAAGCGGCAGGCAGCAGAGGGCGGGGAAGCGCGGCGAGACCCUCCAAGCUCGCUCGCCUCCAAGGCUGGCAGCGCCCCCGGCGCCGGAGAGCAGGGCGUGGGCCGGGGAGCGGGCCGGCCGGCCGGCAGGGCUCUGCCGCCCGAGCCGUGUGCCAUUGAAAGAGGGACGAUGGUCUGGUUCAAGUUUCAAAACCACCCGUUCUGGCCAGCCGUGGUGAAGAGCGUCAGCCCGGCAGAGCAGACCGCCAGGGUGCUUUUGAUCGAGGCCGACAUGCCCCGGGAGAGCAGCGGCAUCCGCGUCCCUCUGCGGAGGCUGAAGCACCUGGACUGUGCAGGGCGAGAGAAGCUGCUGGAGCGAGCCCGGAAGGUGUACGGGCAGGGCGUGAACUGGUGCUUCUUGAUCUGCCACUACCGAGACGGGCUGGGCCGCGGCUCCUUUGCGGGCUCCUUCCUGGACUACUUCGCCGCCGACUGCAGCUACCCGCUGAGGAGAGCCAUCCAGGAGGGCCCCCUGCGCGUGGACUUCCCGAAGGUGAACUACGCCGACCUGGAGGAUUCCGAGGACGAGGCCGCCCUGGGCGGGAGGAAGAUCCUCCCGGACCGCAUGCGGGCUGCCCGCGACCGAGCCAACCAGAAGCUGGUGGACUUCAUCGUGAGGAGGAAGGGGGCCGACCCCCAUCUCCUGGACAUCGUCAAAGGCAGGAAACGCUCCAGGUGGCUGGCAUCGUUUCUCAGGUCGGGCAGGUACGUGAUCUGCGUGGAGACCUACCUGGAGGACGACGAUCAGCUGGACGUCGUGGUGAGACACCUGCAAGACAUCUACCGGGAGAUAGACAGGAACGUGCUGGCUCUGACCCGGGACGACAAGGUGAGCUUCGUCCUGGAGGUCCUUCUGCCCGAAGCAAUCAUCUGCUCCAUCGCCGCCCUGGACGGACUGGACUACAAGCAGGCGGAGCAAAAGUACCUGCAGGGGCCCCCCGUGCGUUGGGAGAAGGAGCUCUUUGACCGCAAGGUCCUGAGGGAGCUCAGCAAGAGGUCCGCCAGGAGGCUCAGGGCUAAAUGA